UAUUGUUUUAGGCUCGUGUCGUAUUUCAGUGUCGAAUAGUCGGUUAAGUUGACCUUUAGGUAAUACUUCUGUUCAGUUUGCAUCAGAUCGUUGAAGAUCGAUGUUUUCUUCGGACGAGGAGAUAACAGUCUCACUUAUUUUGCUUGUUCUACCAAUUCCCAUCCGAUUAUCCGAGAUUUUAACUGUCUGGCAUCAGUUAUUUCUACUAAAACGCAAAUUUGGAUUGAACAGCCAUCAUGUGGAGGAUAACAGUGUUAUUUAUUGUGACCACGGGUUUAGCUGCCGCAAAAGUUACCUACGAAAAUUACAAACUCUUCAGAAUUAUCCCGACAAUGGAAACGCAUUUAGAAGUACUUCAAUCGUUGAACAACGAGAAUGGAUUCAGCUAUUGGCAAGAACCAAGUUGGAUAAACAGAGAAGCACUUCUCAUGGUGUCUCCGCACAAUCUGACCGAUUUCUACGAUAGUAUGAAAGAUUUCCAGGCAACACAUGAACUCAAAAUUGAUAAUAUUCAAAAACUGAUCAACAAUACUAUUCCUCACAAUCAAUCACAGAAUUUCGAUUUUAAUAGCUAUCAUAACAUUUCUAACAUUUACAACAAUCUCGAUUAUUUGCACAAGAAAUAUCCCAAAAUAGUGAAAUUAAUUGGAUUAUGCUGUUCAUAUGAAAACCGUUAUAUCAAAGGUAUAAAAUUAUUCGCUAAACGUGAUGAUGCACAGACACACGGAAUCUUCAUUGACGGUGGCAUGCAUGGCAGGGAAUGGAUUUCGCCCGCAACUGUCAUGUAUAUUCUGCACCAAUUAUUGUUUAGCGAAGACCCGCGUGUGAGAUAUAUAGCUGACAACCAUAAUUGGUAUAUUUUCCCGGUAUUAAAUCCCGACGGAUAUGAAUAUUCGCGUACUCAUGACAGAUUAUGGAGUAAAACUCGUAAAGUUCUGCCAUGGUUUGAACCGUUCAGUUCUACCUGCCAAGGAUCGAAUCUUAAUAGAAACUGGAAUUUUCGAUGGAAUACUAUUAGCAACAGUAGCAAUCCUUGCAAUGAUAAUUAUCCCGGAAAUAGGCCAUUCUCAGAACAAGAGAUAGAUAUUGUAGCACAUUACAUGUCCAAUACUACCUUCCAUGCAUAUAUCUCGUUUCAAGGUUUUGGACAAAAAUUGAUGAUUCCUCAUGCCUAUACGGUUCAACAUAACUUUUUUUCUUACGAUUGGCUGUUACGUUUAUGCAAGACUGUAAUCAAUAAUCUAGAACAGAAGUUCAACACCAAAUACGAGAUUGGAACUAUUGGCGAAUUAGACGGUUUAGCGAGCGGUACUAGUGCAGAUUACGUUGCAAAUAUUUUGCGUAAGCACCUCGUGGUUGUCUACAAAUUGCGCGAUGAUGGUCAAUACGGCUUUUUGCAACCAUCUGAACAAAUUAUUCCAACUGGAAAGGAGGCUUUAGAGUUUCUUGUAUCUAUAUUUACUGAGGCGUUGAAUGUAAAAAUGCCAUAAAUAAUGAAGUAUUAAUUUUAUUGUUAUCGAUUUUAUGUAUGUAUGUAUUUAUACUUUUAUUGGACACAUAACGAUUAUAUAUUUUGUUAUGUAAUCUAUCUAUGGAAAAUUUUGAUAUUACAUUUGUCAAUUACGGUACUUCGAAUUUCCUAUGCUUUUAUCAUUUUUAUUAAAAUAAUUGUCUA